CCGUAGUUCGUGACCUCAUUCGAGAGUACCUCGACGUUUUUCCACCGUCGUUCUCGUACGUCGGCAUCCCACCGAUGCGCGACGUCGAGCACUCCAUCCAGCUUGUGCCUGACUAUCGUGUUCACCACCAGGCACCCUAUCGACUCUCGAUCCCCGAGGCCACCAAACUCAAGCAUCAACUUGAGGAGCUCCUGAGACUGGGUUUCAUUAAACCCAGCAACUCUCUGUGGGGUACACCCGUCCUCUUUGCUCGCAAAGCGGAUGGAACUCUCCAUCUCUGCAUCGACUAUCGGGGCCUCAACCGCUACACGAUUAAGAACAACUAUCCCAUGCCUCGUUCCGACGAGGCGUUCGACCGCCUAGCAGACAACCACUUCUUUACGGAGAUUGAUCUUCGUAGCGGUUAUCAUCAGAUCCACGUCGCUGUAGCCGACCAGCCGAAGACAACGUUCCGAUCGCGCCUCGGCCACUACGAGUUCACGGUGAUGUCGUUUGGCCUCACCAACGCACCCUCUACCUUUCAGAGGGCGAUGAACGGCAUCUUCAGGGACAUCCUGGAGCAAUACGUUCUCGUCUACCGCGACGAUAUCCUGGUUUACAGUCGUACCCUUGAGGAGCACCUCAGACACCUCCGCGACGUCCUUGACCGCUUGCACAGACAUGGCUUCUACGCCAAGUUGAGCAAGUGCCGCUUUGCUCAGCACAAACUGGAUUUCUUAGGACACUACGUGUCUGACCAGGGUUUCCACAUGGACGACGCGAAGAUCACUGCUAUUGCGGAGUGGCCCGUCCCCACAUCCGCCAAGCAGCUUCGUAGCUUCCUAGGCCUUACCAGCUACUAUAGUAAUUUCAUCCAGGGAUACGCUAGUGCACGUGAAGUCGCCGACAUCGUGUUUGACCGAGUCGUGCGUGACCACGGCUUACCUCUGAGCAUCAUAUCUGACAAUGACCCGUGCUUUACUAGCCGAUUCUGGCGACGGCUCCACAAGGUCUACGGCACCCAGCUCCGCUUCACCUCGUCUUACCAUCCUCAGACUGAUGGUCAGACCGAGAUCACGAACAGGACUCUCGGAGAUAUUCUCCAAAAGAUUGUUCGUGACGACCAGCACUGGGAUCUCCAUCUUACCCAUGCGGAGAUAGCCUACAACCACGCCGUCUCGCCAGCCACGGGGAUGUCGCCUUACUAUUGCGACCUCGGCUAUCACCCUCGUGUUCCCGCGGACUUCCUUCGACCGUCACAGAUACACCCCGACACGAGUUGUCCUGCACUGGAUGAUUGGGUUGCACACAUGACGUCCAUCAUGAAGACCGCACAUGAGCACAUAGCCGCUUCCCAGAGUCGCAUGGCAGCACGUGCGAACCGAUCGAGGAUGGAUCAUCCAUUCAAAGUCGGUGAUGAUGUGCUUAUCGACGCCUGCCACUUACAACUCGAAGAGGACACGCUUCGCAAGUUUCGGCGUCGCUUCUUUGGCCCAUGCCGCAUCCUCCAAGCCGUCGGUUCUAAUACGGCAUCUAGCACGGUCAGCUUCCGUGUGAAGCUGCCCGACUACCUACGUCAGGCUCGUGUGCACGAUGUCUACCAUGUCUCGUUACUGCGUCCUUACCGCAGACCGUCUGAGCCUUUCGCCGAACGACCAUACGAGCGCCCUCCACCCAUCAUGGUGGACGGUGUCGGGACUGGUGGGUCUCGAAUAACUUCCCAUCACUCGAGAGAUUGAAUACGGACAAUUUGUGCACAACAGAGAAAUCUGGAGUGAGGAAGCAGGAGAGAAAAAAAACAAAGGAUUAGGCCGCAG